AUGCUUGUCACGAGGGUUUUGGGCACGCUCGGAGCGCUGGCCCUGACUCAGUUCGUCUCCGCUACCGAAAGGCCUUUUUAUCCCAUGACCAAUACCACGGGGGUUUCGAGCGCUGCUCCUGUCACGUCUCUUGCGCCCAGUGGUCAUAAUACCGAUACGGGGUUUUGCACAAAGUAUUGGCAUGACUGCCGCAAGUGCGUCGAGCCAGUUGUGAUUACAACCACGGUUUAUGAAACUAAGCCCGCCUCUACAGUGACAGUUACAUGUACAGAAUCGUACACCGAAACGGUUACGGCAAAGGAGACAGUCAUCUCCACUGGUGUCGUAACGGCAACAGUGGUAGAGACAGUCAUUCAUACCUCAACCGUCGAAGAAACCGAAUAUCUCCCAACCACCGUCCUCGAUACCAAAACUCUUACUGACACGGCCAUCGUGACCUCUGGAUACACGGAGACCGAGACUGACUGCGAGACCAUCACCGCAACCACAAUCUAUACAACAAGCUACCCAGUCACGACAACAGUGAGCAUUUGCAAUGGGGAGGAUCACUCUUCGUAUUGUGUUGUCAGCACGACGACUACAUGGAAGACAACCACCGAGACAUCGAUUGUCGAGACAACGGUCCAAGUCGCAGUCCCGACAACAGUCCCGACAACAGUUCCAACAACAGUCCCAACAACCGUUUACAUCCCCACGACAGAGGUAGAAACUAAGACGGUCGUUUACACUACAGCAAUCUCUGUCCCAUACACUGUGAUUGAUAGCACAACACUCUGGUCCACCCUUGAAACGACCUACACAAGCAUCCAUACCAUUGAGAAGACAACGACUGACUAUGUUGAGGUGAUUUGUACCACGACGACCACGGAAAUCAGUUCCUACCCGGUUACCGUGACUGGCACCGAGACGAUAUGGACGACCGAUUACAACACAAUCACGGACAUUUACACCACGUUGGUUCCAAUCACGACAACGGAAGUUGUAACCACCACCGAUGUUGUCCUCAGCACUGUUGUUAGUGCUACGACGGAAACCACAACCUUCACCACGGUAACUUCGUAUCCGGUGACCGUUACCGAUAGUACUACUUUUUACACAACCAAGACGGCCGUAGUCACUUCUGUUGUUGUCAGCUCUUUCACGUCUGUUCAGACUGUCACCGAUCACACGACGGCAACCGAGGUUUUCACUACUACCGCGACUGUAAUUCCGCCUCCCAUCACAACAACUGUAUCCGGCACUCUCACCACCAUUACACUUCCCCCAACAAUUGUUACACAAACUCUGGAUCAUACUGUCACUCAGACUGAACACACGGUCUCUACUCUGACGCUCCCAGGAACAACAGCGGUGACCACCGUCACAUCAGUUGCACCCCCGACCACCACCACGUUAAUCCGUGAUGGUACCACAGUCACUACCACGCUGCCGGCUUCUACGGUAACGAGUACGACGACUUUUUCGGUACCUCCUCAAACUAUCACGCAGACAAUUACCAAACCACCCUCAACGAUUACUAUUGCCACGACCGUCUCGAAAACGAUCACGACUUGCUACCCCACGGACACCGUCGCCCCCGCCCUUCAACAGGCAUACGAUCCAAAAUCUGAUCUCACAUGGGGUUGCAAACCUGGGUUCGUUUGCAAUAAGCCUAAACCAGACAGUUGCAACCUGUGGGCCGAUGCGCCGUCCGAUGAUUAUCGGUGCGACCCGCAGUGGUGGUAUUUCUACCUCAAUCCCAAUGCGUUCGGUUUGAGCGACGAUAUCUUUGAGGAGCAUCUCGUGAUUAUCGAGGUUGGCGGUGUCACGUCGACCAUCACCACCGGUAAUUGGGGUAUCCAAACCGACCUAACCUGGCCACCGCCGCGCCCAACAUCGGCCACAAACUGGACUUCAACCACUUUGCCUUCAGCGGGAUACGGAUAUAAGCGCGGCCGUUUCUCGAAGCGGGCAGACACUCCACAUCCUGGUGUCUGUUAUAAUGAAUGUGCGGACGCUUACCUUGAAGCCCAGCAAGUCGGUAAAUCACCGACUCUGUGCGCCGCUGGCUCGCCUUUCAAAGAAUACUACGACUCAUGCCAGUUUUGUGUUAAUGCGAAACCGGAAACCCGUACCCAUCUCAACUUCGUCUUCUCCGCCAGCCCCGGGGCCUUCUACCACGACUACAUCCGGCGUUCCCCCUACGUCCUCAAGCUCUUCUGCUCAACCAUCGACAAGUGA